AUGCACCCUGACCAAUCACUUAUUGUAGCUAGCCCAAAUGUCCAGCAACUGCUUCGAAGACUGCAUACUUUGUCUGAGGCCGAAGAAAAAUCCUUCUCGCAGAGGUUCUUUUAUCUCACUCGGCUAGUUCGCUUCUUCCUGUACGGCGAGAUUUGGUCCACCGCCGCCGAAGAUUAUGUGCGGGACAAAUUCAUCGCGUUGGAUUCCGAGAAAUGCCGGUUUAUCUACCUAUUGGCCAGGAGCGCAGGAGCAUGCGACGUGAUCGAGGCAGGAACAAGUUUUGGAGUCUCUACUAUAUAUCUCGCAUUGGCCGUCAGUCAGAAUGUCCGCCAGCGGGAGAUAUACGGUGGAAGAAGCACAUCCGCCGGCAAGGUACUCGCUACAGAAAAGGAGCCAGCCAAGGCUGCGAAAGCUAGAGCAAACUGGAAAGAGGCGGGACCCGAUGUAGAAAAGUGUAUUGAACUUAGCGAGGGGGAUAUCCUGGGGACUUUGAGGAUUGAUGAGGGCAUACCGGAAAAGAUCGAUCUCUUGCUGCCGGAUAUCUGGACACCUCUCGCACUUCCUACUCUCAAACUUGUACAACCGAGGCUGAAGCAUGGUGCUAUUGUCAUUGCAGAUAAUGUGGGGAUAGCUAAGUUCUUGUACAAAGAUUUCCUUGAAUAUAUACGUAACCCAGAGAACGGAUUCAGGAGUCUCAUGCUACCGUUCAGUGGAGGGUUGGAGUUAGCAGUGUAUUUGCCCCGAGAAUGA